UCUGAGUGACACUCUCACGGUCUCAGUGUGUGAGCACAAGAAAAUGGCAGAGGCCAAUAUUGUAGAACGGUUUUCAAGGGAUCAAUUCAGUUGUCCACUGUGUCUUGAACUCCUGAAGGAUCCGGUGACUACCCAGUGUGGUCACAGUUAUUGUAAGGUGUGUAUUAAUUGUUUCUGGGAUAAAGAGGAUCAGAAGGGUGUCUACAGCUGUCCUCAGUGCAGAGACAUUUUCACUCCAAGGCCUUCUCUACGCAGAAACAACAUGCUGGUUAAAGUGGUGGAGAAAAUCAAAUUGAAUGAAAUCCAAGAUUCUGUUUGUUGUGCUGAAGAUGGAGAUGUGGAGUGUGAUUUCUGCACUGAGAGAAAGCACAAGGCUUUAAAGUCCUGUCUGGUGUGUCUGGCCUCCUUUUGUGAAGAUCAUCUUAAACCUCAUCUUGAAAGACCUGCUUUUAAAAAGCACACCUUAAUCGAAGCUUUGUCGAAACUUCAAGAGAUCUGCUCUCAACAUGGAAAACUGAUCGAGAUUUACUGCCGUACUGACCAGAGGUGUAUUUGUUCUUUGUGCAUGUUGGAGAAUCACAAUGGUCACGAAGCCGUGUCACUUUUAACAGAGAGAACUGAGAAACAGAAUGAGCUAAAAGAGGAGCAGAAGAAAUCCCAUCAGAGAAUCCAACAGAAGCAGAAGAAGAUGCAGGAGCUGAAACAGACUGUGUACAUGAUUAAGUCCCGUGCUAGGACAGCAGUAGAGGACAGCGAGAAGAUCUUUACCGAGAUGAUCAGUUCUGUAGAGGAAAAGCGCAUGGAGGUGAUGGAGCUGAUCAGAGCUCAGGAGCAAGCAGAACUGAAUCAAAUAGAACAACUCCUGGAGCAACUGGAUCAGGAGAUCACUGCCCUUCAGAGGAGAGUCAAUGAGCUGGAGCAGCUUUCACACACACAUGAUAACUUGCAAUUCCUCCAGAAUUUCCAGUCUCUCAGUGUCUCUUCAGGAUGGGAGUCUCUCUGCAUCUCUUCACACACUGUCCAACAUCUCUCAUUUGAUGGAUUAAGGAAUUCUCUCUCGGAUCUCAAAAAGCGAUUCAAGGAAUUCUGUGAGGAGGAAUUCAACAAAAUUCCUCCGCAUGAUUUCUGUUAUCUGACUCUGGAUCCCGAAACAGCACAUCAUGACCUCUGUCUGUCUGAGAAGAACCGAGUGGUGACCUUCAACGAGAAAAGUGAGACGUACUCUAGAAGAAAACAGCUGUACUCCAAACAUCUCGACAGAUUUGACUCCUGUUGGCAGGUGUUGUGCAAAGAGAGUGUGUGUGGACGCUGCCACUGGGAGGUGGAGUGGAGCGGUGAUGUGCACAUCUCAGUGUCCUACAAGAAGAUCAGGAGGAACGGAGGGGGUAAAGACUGCCGAUUUGGACUGAACAGUCAGUCAUGGAGUCUGUGGUGUUCUCCUUCUUCGCUUUCUUUCUAUCACGACGACGUUAAAACCGAGCUCGGAGUUCCUUCGUCCUCCAGGAUAGCCGUGUAUCUGGAUUACAAUGCAGGAAUGCUGUCCUUUUACAGCCUCUCUGAAACGAUGAGGCUCCUCCACAGGGUCCACACCAAAUUCACCCAGCCUCUAUACGCUGGCUUUAGGGUUUACGGAGGAACUGUGAGGUUGUGUGACUCAAAAUAACAGUGGAUGGGGAAAUGAUCAUUCUCGUUUCCUUAGUAUCGCUGAAGUGUUCUUUUGUUGAGAAUUGUCCCUCAUGUAUCCUGCUUCUAGUGUUUACAAUAAAUAUAAAUUGGUCACAGUGAAAUUUUUUAUCAUUCUUAGAUCUUUAUACUGAUGAUAUAUGAGUAAUAAAUUGCUGAGUGAACGAUAUAUCAUCAGCAUUUUGUGGCCUCGUGUAGUCAGAUAAUGCUUUUGCGUAAAACACAACAUGUAAUUUUAAACAGACUGUAAUAGAAAGACACCGUCACUAGAGGGCAGUAAAGUCAUGCAAGCACAGGAUACUGACUCGUUUCCUGUCUCAGUGUUGUGGAUCAUGUAGCAUGUAUAAUAAAAGCACUAGAGAAGGUUUUAUUUAUUAUAUGUAGGGCACAGAUUGUUGCCUGGUGGGAACAGAGGGCUAUUUCUUACUCUAGCUGAAUAUUUAGUGCAUGUAUAGGGUGGAAAAAUGAAUUGUUUGUGCCUUACACAAACACUACACUGUAAUAUAGACACAACUUUACUGUCAUUGCAUUGUACAGGUACAGCAACAAAAUGCAGUUUGGCAAAAAGUAGCAAUAGUGCAGAUAAAUAAGUAUCAUAUUUACAGCAGGUGAUAUAUAUGUAAGCAUAUGUACAGUAAAUAAAUAUAAAGGCUAUAACAGCGCAGAGAUGUUUGGUUUGAGAAGUACAGAUAGAUGUUCUUCUUCUUCAGAUCGUGCAAAAACGCUGGAGCCUCCGUACCAUACAGUGAUGGAGUUGGUCAGGAUGCUCUCGAUGAUGCAGCAGUAGAAACUCUGUAAAAUCUCUGGGGACAGAUGAGCUUUCCUAAGACUUCUCAAGAAGUAUAGGUGGUGUCGUGCUUCUUAACUAGAGCUGAAGUGUUCUGGUGCCAGGACAGAUGCUCAGAGAUGUGAACUCCCAGGAACUUAAAGCUGGAGACUCGCUCUACCUCAGUUCCA